UACCAUACCAACCUGCAUCUCUUCCUGCCUUACUUCUGCAUUCUCUGUUGAAACAAUGUCGCUAAGAAAUCGAAAUGUGGCUACCUUGGAGGGAUUCGUCGGUGACAACUACUUCGACUUGGUGACGGACGUGAGUGAGACAUGGGAGCGAAUCAAGCAGUCGCCACACUACAAGGAAGACUUUGGUGUGGCUCUCUUCACAAGAAUGUUUGAGGCAGCACCAGAUGUGUGGGUGCACUUUCCCUGGGGACUGGAGGGGCACAAUCAUCAUCUCUUGGAGAGUCCACAUCUUGCCGCCGUGGCCAGGCAAUUCACCAAGAUGCUAGAUCGUGCCAUUGAAAUGCUGGGCCCUGAUUUGCAGUUGGUGGAGAACCAGCUUCAAUGGCUGGGAGUAUCGCAUGCCUAUCUUGGCCUGACGCCCGUCCACUACACAUUGAUUGGACAGGCCCUCAUGGCAACAUUAGAAUCCAAAUUGGGUGCUGGGAGUGGCCACCCUCGCAAGUUUACACGCAGACACAAGGACUCCUGGAAUACAAUCUAUUCCUUCAUCUCUACGAGUAUGAUCCAAGGAGCUUUCUUGGAUCUAAAGCGUGUUUCUUCUGUUUCGAAGAUAGGCACUCACUAAUGAAUGCUUUUAACCUGGAGCUUUUCAAAAGCUCAUGUUUGUCCGAUAUCAAUACAAGAUCCAACGAUACCAGCAAUGUAUACAUAUAAUGCAUAUUUAUGCAAACUAGAAACUUGACCCGAGCAUGUUCACUUGGUUAUUUGCUGGCUACU